AUGGAUAUUGAGUCGUGUUGCUAUAUGGCAUUUUCUCUUAUGGGAUUGUUCUUUCUGGCUUUAUUCUUCAUUCCUUCAAGGAAAAAUCAGCUUUACCCAAAAUCCUAUCCCCUAAUUGGUUCCUUGUUGGAACUCAUUAGAAAUCGCGACCGGAUUAUCCAGUGGACUAGUGAAAUUUUCGACAAGUUAUCAUCCUCCACAUAUACACUUAAAGCUCCGCUAGGGCGAAAUAUCAUAAUCACUAAAGACCCUUCCAAUGUCAAGCAUAUUCUCAAGACUCGCUUCAAUAACUACCACAAAGAGAGCAGACUCACAGAAGCUUUAUCAGAUUUGUUUGGGAAGAGCAUUCUACUCGUUGAUGGCUCGGAAUGGAAGUCACAGAGACAGUUUUUGCGCCAUGAUUUCGAUCCGAAAAAGUUUCAUGGUUAUAUAUCUGUAGCAGAGCAAGAGCUCUCGGGUCGUCUUGUCCCUUUUUUAAGUAAUAUAGCAGCUCAGGAAAAUGCUGCUACAACUGAUCUCCAGAAUACAUUUAGUCGACUCACAUUCGAUUUGGUAUGUCGGAUCGGGUUUGGGUUUGAUCCGAAGUAUUUAUUACCCUCAAUGCCACCAACGCCUUUAGCCGACACUUUUAAAACUGCUGUGAAGUGGAGUAUGUUGAGGUAUACUACCUUACUCCUGAUAUGGAAAGCUAAAAAGUUCUUCAACACGGGGUCCGAGAAAAGACUUGGGCUCAUGGUUGAUGAAAUUCACAAAUUUGUGGGUGAUAUUAUCGCAAAAAAGAAGGAAAGAUUAGUCAUGACGGAGGAUUUGGAGGACAAGGACGUGUUUACAAGUAUAUUGAGAAGGGCACAGGGUGAACAACUAGGCGAGACGUUCCUUGUUCAUACAGCUGUUAACCUUAUCCUUGGAGGACAGGACACGUUGUGUUCGGCUUUAACAUGGUUUUUUUGGCUGAUCUCGAGUAACCCUGAUGUGGAACAAGAGAUUGUCAGGGAAAUUCGAGAGAGAGAUGGUUUGAACGACAUGGUUUACAUGCACGCUAGUAUAUAUGAGAGCAUGAGACUCUAUCCGCCCGUCCCUGUGGAAACAAAAGAAGCAGCGGAAGACGAUGUUUGGCCUGAUGGUACAAAGGUGAAAAAGGGGACGAGCAUAAUCUUCCACAUAUUCGCUAUGGGAAGAUCACAAGAAUUGUGGGGCUCAGAUUGGGCUGAUUUUCGUCCAGAGAGAUGGUUGGAGAGAAGAAGUAGCGGCACAUCCAGUAGUGAUGACUGGGAUUUCAUCGUGAGAGACGCUUUCACAUAUCCAGUGUUUCAAGCAGGGCCAAGGAUUUGUUUAGGAAAAGAAAUUGCAGUCGUGAUGAUCAAAAUGGUGGUUGCCACCAUCCUAAAGCGCUUCCGAGUCAUUCCGGCUCAGGACAAUUUCUCUCCACAUUAUGAUGUAUUUAUAACAUCAAAGAUGAGACAUGGCUUUCCAGUAAGAAUCAUAGAGCGUCAUUGA